ACAAUAUAAAAUUGCUAAAGCAAAUAUAAAAGUCUCAGUUACAAUUUAACAACGAAGAAGACAGUUCAUUUUGUAGUAAUUGAAAUGAGCCGCAACACUAAGCUAUUUUUAUUGCUCAGCGCUUUUCUGGCGUUGCAGGCCUUCUCUUUUGCACUACCAGUGAAUGAUAGCAAGGAAUCUGAGGCUUCUACAACAGACCAAUCAAAGGAGAGUUUAAUACCCAACACACCAGGCGUACAAGCUUUUAAAAAAGAUUUAAUUAAUCAAUUGCUACCUUCGGUUUUGGGUGAAGAGGAUAUAGAAAAUGGUGAAUACACAGCCCAGCUGUCAUCUGCGGAAGUAGAUUUGCCUUGCACAAAUGAAACUGUCACAGUUGAAGUGAUAAGUAGUAGUUUUCCAUUGCCAGAACGUUUCUUCCAUGCACCAAAGCGUUGUUCUCAGGAAUAAAUCUGAGUAUGAGUUUUCAAUUGUAUAAUUGUGUAAAAAACGUAAGCUUACCAAAUUAAAUAGACUAAAAUAAAACAAAAUAAA